AUGAAGCAUAUUCUGAACGACAAGACAAAUGCGCAAAGCAGAGCUCGGGGCAGGGAAAGCCCAGGGAAAUCUUUUGAAAAGAGGCGAAACGAGCAAGUUUCUGUAAAAGCCCAAGAAAGCACUGUGCAGAAUGCAGGUGCCAGUUGUAUAGAGCAUCCACAGAACCCGCAUGAAGAUAUCGAGCAUGCAUAUGCCUAUGAAGAGUAUUAUGCCCAGAACGUAGAAGACAUUUUCAAAGAAACUGACUUGUCGAUCGACAGCAUAGUUAAUGCUCGUUUCUCUAUUGAUUGA